ACAACCUUCAGUUCUACGAUUCUAUCUAUUGAGUACUCCUCCGUCAGUUUGGACUUCACAUCCUUCUCAGACAAUGACCGAAUACUUCCAAAUCGGACGGUGGAAGAACUGAACUUCUUCAUCCUCAUUCCUCAGUGUUGGGAUCACCAGGGAAUCCUGAGCAAUCUUUUAGGGUGGUGUCUGAUAAUGAACCACCUCCUUAUGUUUGCAGUGCUGGUCGCCUCUGGUGAUUUCGACGCCCACGGGAAGGAAGAAGACCGUGAACAAAUGCUUACCGAUGUGGUUAAAAUAAACGGCAGCAUGUUUAAAUCGUAUGGUUGCUACUGUGGAGUCGAUGGCAUUGGUCAUGGUGAUCCCAAGGAUUAUAUUGAUGUGUGUUGUCAGAUCCUUAACUGCUGCUAUAAAUCGCUAAAGGCUUUCCAAUGUGAUGCCACGACAAGGAGCUACAGUUACACCUAUGAUGGCGAAGAUGUUGAAUGCUACACGGCAAACCAUCCCUUGUGGUGUGAAACACAUGUCUGUAUGUGCGACAGAUAUUUUGCCAUCUGCCUGCUGGAUUCCCAUGGUUUAUUCAACCAGGACUUCAUUCCUUUGGGGAGAAGGGACUGCUCAGGAGACCCACCCCAUUGCUCUGACAGUUGAGUCUUCCACACUUGUCCAGGUUCAGCAUCUGUCAGUUAAUGUUUCUUCCA